AUGACUUUUGGAAAACAUUGGUUGAUUUUAGAGUUCUUGGGUAAAUCUGUGAAAUGGUACCCAGUUUUGUAUGUGGACACAGUCUACACAUUGUCAGUAUGUUUGGAAGAUCAGGCAGUACUUACCGGCAGGCUGACUAAUAAUAAACUACAGAAAAUGUUGCUGAAAAAUAAAUCAAGGAGAUGCCUUACUGUCAAUGAGAAUGUAUGUGUUACCAGACAAUGGAAUAUGUCCCCACAGUCAUGCAGCUUGAUGCCAUCCUUAGUCAUGUCUGUACAAGAUGUUUUAAAACCAGAGUUAACAGAUAAGUUUGUCAGCUUUGAAGGUUGGAUUAUAAACAAAACAUUAGUGAAGCCAGGAUUUGGUCCUAAAUCUUUUUCUAAAGAUAUAGGUAGUUCCUGUAUGUAUACAAGACUACAUGUUCAGGAUUUCAGCAGGAGUGAAGAUAUUUGGGUGUAUUUAAAUGACAGCAAUAUUCUCAGUGAAAAAGGUCUAAUACCAGGAAACAGAGUAAGGUUCUAUGGGCUUGAGAGAAAAUUGUCACAACUGAAUAAUAUCUACUGUAGACUUGUUCCGUUGUCUAGCAUCCAGAUAUUAUGUACUGAAGCUGAAAGGGGUGUUGGAAAACAAAUAUUGAACCAAAAUCAAGCAGACAGAAGUAAACAGAUACCACUACUGUCCCUGGUUGAUUUGUGGGUUCCAUCAAAUACUGGACACGUUUUCCAGGCAAUCUGUGAUAUUGAAAAGAUUCUGAAAGUUUCUCUGAAAUGUUUGUGUGGGACCUGUGGAAGUGUAGUGAUUAACACAGCUUGUUCAAAUACUGCAUGUAAUGGUGGUGGAGCAUACAAAUUCCUAGCCAGGGCAAGUGUAAUAAUUGAUGACAGCACAUCUGUUGCUAUGGUAACACUAGCAGGAAGCAGUGUACAGAGCCUGUUCCAGCUGUCACAUGACCAAUGGAAAUGUCUAGAAGAAGAAGUUAGCCAAACUGGAGAAGUGUUUAUACAGCAGUUCAAUCCUACUCUAUCUACAUCAGUAGAGAGGUUUGUCUACAUGUUAUGUGACAACCAUGCUGUAAAACAGACCUGGCUUAUGACAUUGAGAACAAGGACAUCAUUAGACAUCAAUAAAAUUGGCCAUGAUGAGUUUUGUAUGAAGACAUUUGAUACUGGGUCAUCAAGGAUCUCUACACAGUGUUUACCGUUUCUACAGUUAGAAUGUGUGGCCAUGAACAUAUUUGAACCCUCUGUUUGGGCUAUACAUCACCUCAGUGUCAACUAGUGAUGAGCUGAUAAAUUGUGAAGUCAUGAAUCAAUGGUACAUAGUAUGGCAUGACGGCCAUUGAAAAAUGGGAUCCAUGAAGGGAUUCAGAUAUCCAAAAUAAACACCUGAAAUAAGCUACUUGUGUUGUUAGGUAUCUAACAGUUUGUGUGACAGAAACAGUUUAAAAAAUUAAUGGUCUGCAGACAUAUUUGUUUGAAGUAAGUGAUCAUUCAUGGAUGAAUUACCUUAUUCAUUUAUUUUAUCAUCCAAGAUUUUGCAGUAUGUGCAAUAGCAGAAUUUAAGCAGGAGUAAUUGACAAUUAGGCUAUUUUUAAGCAAAUAUCAACUUACCAACACUUUAAUAAUCUGAAAAAUUAAUACAGUCGAAACUCGAUAUCUCGAAUUUCAAGGGACCGUGCUUUUUAUUUCGAGAUAACCGAAAUUUGAGUUAUGAAAAGGGACGUAUGGACGAAAUGAUGAAAAAAGUUGGUUUAGUUACGAGAAGUUUUAAUAAAAAAUAAAAAGCUGUUUCUGUGAUGCUGUGUAAACGCUGUCAGCACUAUACAUGUACACAAUUCCGUACAGUUUGUAUUUAGCAAAGUUUUUAUUUUUUUGAAGAAUGAAAAUGAUACAAACCUUAAAUGUUUUGAGCAAAGUUCCUUUUAAUACCACGUUUCUUUCCCAGAGGAUUGACAGCAUUUCGAUCUGACAUUUUGAACAAAUGAUGCUUUCUCCCAAGAAGUUAAUUUUUUAUACAUUAUACAUCGUGAUUACCUCUAAAUAAUCCUUAUCAAAGAUCCCAGCUGUUCAAACUAAUUCAUUCAUUAGUUUAAAUUAAUUUUCAUAACGUCUCAAAAACAAAUGACCACUGAUUAAGAAAUCUAAUGUUUACAUCAAACAAUUAUCAUUAUUGCACGUGCAAACAAGUAUGACAUCAUCUCACUUUGAUUAUCGCCGCACCUUUGAUAUGUCGGCAUCAUGGCUCUCUGGUUAGGCAAUAAGCAUAGACAGGUGUUAAAAACCAACCACAUUCACAAUGAGAUGUUUGAAAUUUUAUCGCAUAUUUUCCUCACUUAGACUUACCAAGUUCACAAUGCACUUGAAUUUCAUUGACGGGACUGAAAAUCCCUUUCGACACAUCCGGAGUCUCGGUAAGUCAAAUUUUGACAUAACCGGAGUUGAAUUACAUAUAUAAAGAAGGAAAUUUGACGGAACUUGAAAAUUUCUUCGACUUAAGUGGAAUUUCGAGGUAAGCGAGUUUGAGAUACCGUGUUUCGACUGUAUAUGAAAAAAUGCUUGACUACAUCACUUUGAAGAAGAAUGGGCAUUACAAGAGAUUUACACCUAGUGAAAAAAACGGCUUCAGAGAUGUUUAUAUACUGUUUUGAAAUGGUAUCUAUAUUGAAACUAAACUAAGAAUCAUGCCAGAAAUCUGAUAUACUAUAAUUUUAUCAUUUCAAGUGCUAUCAACUAACUCUUUUACUUUAAUACAUUUUAGAUCCAUUCUUUUCUUUUGAUAUGACAUAAUUUAGUAAACUAUGCAACACACUUUGAAAGCAAGUUCAGCAGAAUGAUUUAUAAUGGGAUGCUGUACCAUAUUGGCUACCAUUACUGAUAUCACAGAAUUGUUAUACUCUGCAGCUUGGAAAACAAACCUGUGUUUUUGUUUUUUUUAGCCCACCAUCAUUAGAUGGUGGGCUAUUAAAAUCACUCUGCGUCCGUGGUCUGUCCGUCCGUCAUUCCGUCAGUCUGUCCAUCCGUCCGUUAACAAUUUCUCGUUAUCGCAUCUCCUCAGAAACUACUGGGGGGAUUUUGACCAAACUUUGUCAGAAUGAUGUAUUGUUACCCUAGUUGUGUCCCCCUGAAAAUCAGACUGGUUCAGCAAUUUUUGAGUGAGUUAUGGCCCUUUGUUUAUUUCUAUAUUUUACAUUGAUUUAUAUAGGGAAAAACUUUGAAAACCUUCUUGUCCAAAAUCACAGAGCCUAGGGCUUUGAUAUUUGGUUUGAAGCAUCAUCUAGUGGUCCUCUACCAAGAUGAUUCAAAUUAUUUCUCUGGGGUCAGAUAUGGGCCCGCCCUGGGGGUCACAUGGUUUAUAUAGACUUAUAUAGGGAAAAACUUUGAAUAACAGCUUGUCCAAAACCACAGGGCCUAGGGCUUUGAUAUUUUCUAUGUGACAUCAUCUAGUGGUCUUCAGCUAAGAUUGUUCAAAUUAUACCCCUAGGGUCAAAUAUGGCCCCGCCCUGGGGGUCAUAUGGUUUACAUAGACUUAUAUAAGGAAAAACUUUGAAAAUCUUCCUUGUCCAAACCACAAAGCCUAAGGCUUUGAUACUUGUAAUGUAGCAUCAUCUAGUGGUUCUCUACCAAGUUUGUUCAAAUUAUCCCCCUAGGGUCAAAAAUGGCCCCGUCCCGGGGGUCACAUGGUUCAUAUAGACUUAUAUAGGGAAAAGCUUUUAAAAUGUUCUUGUCAAUAACUACAACAUUCAGAUUUGGACCACAUGCAUAGUUUUGUGCACUGGAAAAAAACUUUGACCUUGAUUUUGACCUAGUGACCUACUUUCACAUUUUUUGAAGGUACAGGCGUCAAAUUUGGACCAUAUGAAUAGUUUCGUGUUUCAAAAUGAAAUUUGACAUUGAUUUUGACCUAGUUACCUACUUUCACAUUUCUCAAGCUACAGCCUUCAAAUUUGGACCACAUGCAUAGUUUUGUGUACCGAAAAAAACUUUGACCUUCACAUUGACCUAGUGACCUACUUUCACAUUUUUGAAUGUACAGGCUUCAAAUUUGGACCACAUGCAUAGUUUUGUAUUCCGAAAAAAAUUUGACCUUGAUUUUGACCUAGUGACCUACUUUUACAUUUCUCAAGCUACAGCCUUCAAAUUUGGACCACUUGCAUAGUUUUGUGUACCGAAAUGAACUUUGACCUUUACAUUGACCUAGUGACCUACUUUCUUAUUUUUAAGGUACAGGCUUCAAAUUUGGACCACAUGCAUAGUUUUGUAUUCCGAAAUAAAAUUUGACCUUGAUUUUGACCUAGUGACCUACUUUUACAUUUCUGAAGCUAUAGUCUUCAAAUUUGGACCACAUGCAUAGUUUUGUGUACCGAAAUGAACUUUGACCUUUACAUUGACCUAGUGACCUACUUUCACAUUUUUGAAGGUACAGACUUCAAAUUUGGACCACAUACAUAGUUUUGUAUUCCGAAAUAAAAUUUGACCUUGAUUUUGACCUAGUGACCUACGUUUACAUUUCUCAAGCUACAGCCUUCAAAUUUGGACCACUUGCAUAGUUUUGAUUACCGAAAUGAACUUUGAUCUUAAGAUUGAUCUAAUGACUUUCGCAUUUCUCAAGCUACAGCUUUCGAAUUUGGACCACAUGCACAGUGUUAUGUACGGAAAUGAAAUUUGACCUUGAGCUAGUCAAUAAGUCUUGAAAUUUGGAACACUCAAAAAUGGCACAUUGGUAGGCGCCAAGAUCACUCUGUGAUCUCUUGUUACAGUAUGUUUUUAUGAACAUUGUUGAAAUUAAAUUAAAUAUUUAAACAUAAAUUAUUAAAUACAUUGAUCUUGACAUUCAGAAUUAACCUGGGUCACAGUUACCAGUGUCGUCGGCCUCAGGGUCUCACUUCUGGAAAAGUUUUGUGUGCAAGUUCAUAUUUUUGUAAGCAUUGCAUAUAUUGGAUUGAAACUUCACAAAAGGCUUCCUAGUCAUCAAAUCUACAGAAGUAACCAAGUUAGAUAACUCUUGGUUGAAUUUAAUUUGAAUUUUGGCCUUUUUUCAACUUUGAAAAUUUGGUUAAAGUUUUCAGUGCAACUACAAGCUGUGCAUUGGAUUUAAAAUUCACACUAUACUUUCCAGUCAUCAGACCUACUAAAUUGUCCAAGUAAGAUAACUCUUGAUUUGAUUUAAUUCAAAUUAUGUCCCUUUUUGAAUGGAACUUCAAAUGACAUUCCUGAGACUCACCUAAUAUCCAUUCAAAUUCAUGUCUGGUUACAUAAAUCUUGCCUAGUUAUGGCUCAUUUGACUUGAUGAAUAGUUAAGAGCACAGUUUGGACAGCACCUGUUGGCUGUUGAUAUCUGUCUUCCAAAAGGAAAACUGCUGUUUCAAGGUAUAUACAUUGUAUUUUAUUUUUAAAAAUCCUUACAAAAAUGGUAUGGUGAGGAUUUACAUUUUUUUAAUUGAUAAUCCGUUGCAUACAGAUUACUAGUAUUGCUAGAAUUCCUUGAUAGUAAUCUGCACAACAGCACCUAGAAUAGGUUUGUUUUUAUGGGGAGGUAACACUUGGCUGCCUCUUGCACUGCUAUAUUUGUGUAACCUCCCUUUAAACACUAAAAAAAUAGGGUAUUUUGCUUGUACCAUGGAGUUUUUGUGUGUUUUUAAAAAAAUCAUUUGUACUCUAUGAGUGUAAUUUUUAUGAAAAACUUGCC